AUGCCGUUCUCUCCCAAACCCCAUACGCUAUUCACUGCGCCAGGUCGAAGACGCAAGUCACUAGCAACAGCAACAGCAACAGCAACAGCAACAGCAACAGCAACAGCAACAGCAACAGCAACAGCAACAGCAACAGCAACCGUAGAGGUAGAGGUAGAGGUAGAGGUAGAGGUAGAGGAAAUGCUCUCCUCCACCAUCUCUCCUCACGUGCACUUCUCGCAUACCCAUGGUGGGUUGCAGCCUUCAGCGAGCGCUUCUUGGAUCAACCUUUUCUCUCCUUCCCAUGCCUUACCACGAGCAAGUGUUGACGAGGAUUCCCUGUAUCAGCCGCCGAGUUCUGGCUCUCAACCCAGUUCGAGGAGGCCUUCAGCAGCAACCAUAAUCUCGACCCUCCUUCACGGAGUAACUGGUGUUCGAAUGAGUCAAGAUGGUCCAGGCGGUUACACAAGCUCAGAAGAACCAGGCGGAACUAACCCACCCCCUCAAACCCACACCCCUCCGACGAUGAGUGGUGGGGCUAGAAGACCAUCAGCCCUUUUCAAGGCUUGGAAAUCGCGUCGUGGUUCCGCUACCACCGCAACCACCCAGCAGGCGCAAGUUGCGGCUGUUGGGGGUAGGAGAAAGAGUUCUGCUCUAACCGCAUUCCUCCCUACUUCCACUCUCGCUAGGGGAGGAGAGGUGGGGAGGGUAGGAAAACACUCACUCCCGCCCUCCUCGACCCGCGCGAGUAGUUCAGAUGACACGCGCCGGCGUAGUCUUUCUAUCAUUUGUCGUGGUCAUCGAGACUCAGACGACGAAGAGGUGGUGAUGGAGUCGCAUACCACUCCAAGGUGCAGCACAAACCCAGGCGGAGCAAGGGGGGAGGCAGUGACGGCUGCAAUGGCAAUUCGCGAUACGUGGUUAUACAGUUCUCACCAGUAUAGUAAAGAUGGGCGCAAGGGAAGUGUUAGUACUGUCGCCACUAGUCCGAGUUACUCGCAGCAUUUACCGAGGAAGAGUUUUAGCGGGGUGGCAACGGUAGGCUUGCACAUGGAGAAUGAUGAACGGCAGCAGCGAGUCAAAGGGAUGAGAAAGGAAGCAGGGGCAGAUGCCAAUUCAGUGGUGAGUCUAAGUCUUACAGAAGAAAUCGCACUAUACACGACGGAUGAUAGGAAUCGUAGGAGUGCGGAUUCAAGUUCCAGUACAGGGCAAAGUUCUCGAUACAGCCCUCCGAAAGGUGUUCCGGGUGCAGGCGAGGGUGGGAUGGGAGGAAUGACUUGGAACAUGCCCAAUUGGAAUACGGCUGCGCCUAGGUUACCAGAACUAUCUCCUGCACCAGCGAUUAUGAUCGCUGAUCCGUUCGCCGAAGCACCACCUCUCUCUGUAGUAGCCAGGGCGGAGAUGCAAAGAGUGGAAAGUGGAAGUUUGGAUCCGGUGCUUUCUCCCAUCCCCGCCUCUUCACCCUCUUUAGAGAACGGUGAUGGAGAAGAGCAGGCAGGGUUGCAGUGGGACACAACUUCACCUUUCACCUCCCUCAACCACCGACCGUCCAUGGUAGCGGAAAAUCAUUCUCCCACAGCACCCAAUUUACUCCCCUCCCCACCUUGGCCGAUAACAGAGCAAGUGAGGAGAAGAGCAACGACGUACUACGACGCAUCUUGGCUUGUUUCAGUUGUGGACGAAUUGCCUACUUCUCCUUGCAACCCGAAGUUUUUCAUGCCUCGUUCCCCAGACUCACCAAGGAGCCCGAAGAGUUUGGGUCAUAGCGAACCGUCCUACGCAUUAAGAAGGAGAGAGUCGUAUCCCCUCCCCCGCCCACCACUCGGGUAUCAAGAUCGAGUAAGCGAACAGGGAGAGGGAGAGGGAGAGGGAGAGGGAGAGGGAGAGGGAGAGGGAGAGGGAGAGGGAGAGGAAGAGGGGGAAGAGGAGGAGAUGCCAACCCCACGUCUCGUUCCCAUGGAUCUUUCAAGUAGCUCUCCGAUGAGUAGCAAUUUUGCUCCUGAAACACCCAGUAAUGUCGCUACCUGCUUUCCUCAUUUCGAUGGUGAUGCAGAUGUAACCAUCGCUCCUAGUGUAAGGAAGGGUGAGGAAGGAGAGGAGGACCUGCAUGCGCAAUUCUGUUCAGCUCUUUUGCUGGAUCUGGGCAACGGAACCGCAAUCCCUCUCAGCCCGAGUCCUGGAAUCGAAGGUAGACCUGAUCCGUUCACUCUACUCGCACAGUAG